GAAGCAGCCGACAUUCAAGAUGAGGAAACGAAACAGCCGGUGUGUUUGAUAACCACCGUAUCAACUGGGCGCAAAUUUCGCUUUGAACGCACUUGUCAACGAACUGCGUUUGCAUUACCGGACUGUGCGGAAAGGUCUGUUAAACCCGUGAUAGGAGGUAAGAGGGUGCUUUCGCACAGCGAAAGCUAUCAAGAUACGUCGUACCGGCACGGCCUUUCUUCAAGUCAUCAAGGAAGGUGUGUGAUGGCUCUCAAAGGAAUCCGAGUCCUCGAGAUGGCAGGGCUGGCCCCGGCCCCUUUCUGCGGCAUGGUGCUACGCGACUUUGGUGCUUCCGUUGUUCGAAUUGACAGGCCGAAACCGCAGUUCGAUGCAGAUCGUCUGUGUAGGGGCAAGCAAUCUAUCGUGAUCGACCUCAGGGAGAAGAAAGGGGUUGCUCUGCUGCAAAAGAUGGCCAACAACUCUGACGUUCUACUUGAGUGCUACCGUCCAGGUGUGAUGGAGCGCAUGGGUAUCGGGCCCGACGUGCUCCUGCAGUCCAACCCACGGCUGGUGUACGCGCGCCUCACGGGGUUCGGUCAGACGGGGCCCUUCUCCGCCAUGGCCGGCCACGACAUCAACUACGUCGCUCUUUCCGGCGUGCUGUCCAUGCUGGGCGCGUACGGCCAGAAGCCGCAGCCGCCGGUGAACCUGAUAGCGGACUUCGCCGGCGGCGGCCUGCUGUGCGCGCUGGGCAUCUGCAUGGCGCUCCUCGAGCGGGAGCGCUCCGGCAAGGGACAGGUCAUCGACGCGAGCAUGACUGAGGGCAGCGCGUACGUGAGCAGCUUCCUGUGGCGGACGCGCAGCUCCAAGAUGGCGCUGCCCAUCUGGAUCGACGACCGCGGAGGAAACAUCUUGGAUGGCGGGGCGCAUUUCUACAACGUGUACGAGACCAAGGACGGCAAGUACAUGUCGGUGGGAGCGCUCGAGCCACACUUCUACAAGAUACUCGUGGAAGGUCUGGGCCUGGACCCGGAGGAGGUGCCGCAGUUCUCCGAGUGGGACAAGUGCAAGGAGGCGUUCGCCAAGUCAUUCAAAACGAAGACGCAGGCCGAGUGGUGCGCCGUGUUCGACCUCACGGACGGCUGCGUGGUGCCCGUGCUGGACCACGAGCGCGCCUGCGAGCACCCGCACAACGCGCACCGGCGGGCCUUCGUGGAGUGCAAGGACGGCCCGCCGGCUCCCCGUCCGGCGCCCGUGCUGUCGCGGACGCCCGCCGAGCCGGACAUGGAGGAGCCGCUGCCCGGCGAGCACACCAGGCAGAUCCUCAAGGAAAUCGUCGGACUGAGCGACGCCGAGGUGCAGGGCCUGAUAGACGAACAAGUGGUCGCGGCACCCUCCUACGCGCUCAAGUCCAAGAUGUAGCUAACGCGAUAAUAUACUAUAUGCACGCGGGGGCUUUUGUGAGGUGGGCGUCGUGCCUGGGGCUUCCGGUGUGUGGCUGCGAAGCUCCUUGAGAAAUGUAUCGUAUGGUGUCGAUCGACCCUGCAUGAUCGACACUGAAAUGCGCAUGCUGUAUACAUUCCUCUCUUUCGAGCUGGGUUUUCGCCUGCGCGUCCACUUCGCUACAGCCGCAGAGUAGGCGGCUGAUAACGUGAGGCUUUUGUGAGAGGUCCGCCUUAUGUUUUUUACAGCGACGUGCGCUUUAUACUCUCAAAAUCGAAAAGAGAUUUUGCGCUUACCACUGCACUGACCCUGCUCAAAAAUUUUGCAGCAAGAUCCCAUUUUAUGGCUGGGAUCUUUCAAAAUAACGCCUAGCACUGUUACUUGCCUAAUUUCUCAAGAAAAGAAAUUGCGAAUUUGCCUUCGUCUAGGUUGUCCACAUCGAAUGCCCCAGCAAUUAAAGGAAACCAAUCUAGAAGGUCAUGCUUCGCCGUACUGCGAACGGCGAAACUGACAUAGCUGACAUUUUUUAAACAUCGCCCACUGCGAGGGGCGCAGACGAAGGCGAUUUCGCAUUUUUUUCUUCUUGACUAUCAAGUUAGUCAAGUAACAGUGCAAAGUUAGGUGACGCCAACGGGCGGCGAGCGCCGCUCCUCUGAUUCUUGUCUUGCCCAGGUGGCGCUGCUGUCCGUAGCGCGAUGAAGAACGACUGAGGAAUAUGGAAGAAAGUAAAUGGGCUGGGAGAGUGUUGAGGUGUCUGUACAGGAAAAACAUUGAUUCACAAUGGAGGAAAAGAGCUAGGAAGCUUACCAGCAAGUAUGCGGCCUGUAGGGUGAGCAACAAAGAACGUCAAGCGGAAAGUCAGAGAGGCUGAAAUAAUCUCAUGGGUGGCUGCAAUGGAAAAGAAACCUGCCAUGAGUAACUACUUAAGAGAAAAAAAAAACGAAAUAAGGAAAGAAGCAAUUUAUGAUAACUCAAAGGGAAGCUCAUUACAUUUCGAAGCGAGGUCGGGAUGCCUUAGAACACGCACCUAUAAAGCGAGAUACAAGAAGGAAGAAUAAGCGUGUGCUUGGGCUGCGGUAAAGCUAGGGAAACGACGGAGUAUGUUUUAUUAGAAUGUGAAGACGUCUACCCAGCGGUCGAUUUAGGCACCACUAGCCUCCUUGAAGCCCUUGGGUUCAGCGAGAGCAGGGGUAAAGUAAACAUGUCCGCAACAUAGAUUAGUAAGAGGCGAUUGGAAAAUUGGUGGAAGCAGGGAAACGACAAAAAACGGAGUCGUACAAAAGCAAAGUUCACAAUAGGGGGUCUGAAAUUUUGGUUAUGGGAGUUCAUCGUGUCUUUUUUUUUUUUUUCUUUUAACCUAGGUAGGACAUUAGACAGUGUAAUAGCAAGCGCUUGGUGGUGCAAACCACUGCCCCGUUCCAAAGGGGACGCUUACAACAUCCAUCCAUCCAUCUUCGAUGCGCGGAGCGCCCACCGCGCUGGGCCGUGCUGGCCGCGGGCAGCGAUUAGCAAUUUCUCUGCGAUUUGCGUUGAGACGUGUAUUGUGUAUAAGACGUGUAUAAGUAUUGAGACGCGUUUCCUUGCCGAUAAGUUAAAAAAGCGAGUGAGGACUUAGAUGCGUAUACUGAAUAAAGUUCUACGUGCAGUAUCAGCUCUUGAGAGCGAUUGAUUAUGGCACCGCACUCGAUAGGGAGGAAACUCGUUAUUUUCAUACGAUGUCUGAGCUCACGACGGCCAGCUCAAACUAAUGAAGGAGACAGCAGAAGCAGUCACGAACCUCAGCAAUCAAAUCCAGGUUGCCAAAACUACUUUUAUUGCGCAUUGUGUUCAGGAAAUGGGAUUUCUUCUCAAUACAAAUCAGAGAAAUUGCACAUAACUGAAACUAAAAGUCACUGAUAAAAAAAAAGGUUUGUAGCAAGUUUCUCAAGGCACAAUUUAGAGCACUCAACGCAGUUAUAGAAUUUUCAUUCGCUCCCGCGUUUCGUCCCGUUUCGUGUUCUGAGACUUGCGUAGAAAUGGAGCCAUGUAAGCACAUAGAACGUCACGAUUCUAUUCGUAAGUGCUGUUUAUUUUAUUUUUUUUUUGUUCAGGGCAGCCAACGAGGCUCAACCUUGUAAGCUGGAGAAAAGAUACCAGAUCCAUAAAGCUGUCGCUUCUUACUUGCUCCGCAUUGAAGCAAUGGGUGAAAUUGUUAUCCAUUGAUGUCGCCAGUGCACUCAGCUGAUCUGACAGAUAUAAGAGUCCUCCCCUGUUGACAGCAGUGGGGAGGACUGCUUUCUUGGAGAGGUGCGAUGGAGCACUUGGGUAGAUUUAUGGCACUGCGUCGUUUGUAAGCACUGGCCGAUCACGGGGAAUCUUGACCGUUUCGCCGUUGCCCACGUGCGUGAAUGCCGCACAUUCUAUUGUUCGUGGAAGUGAAGCUCAUAGGGGGCUGAUUUCUCGUCGAGGAAUUUGUCAGCCCGGGGGGCAGGCCGCCGCCACGUUUCAGAACGUUCGGGUUCCUUUGGCACAGAAAACAAAGUGACACACCUCCCGUCUUCCUUGACUAUACGUAACCGGGCGUGCAGCGAGGCGCAAAGUAGUGCGUUUGCUUCGCUUUCUUUACGCGAGGAUCCAUUUGACUGGAACAGGGCACGGAACCCAAGCCUACAUGCUAACGAGCAAUAUUGCACCACAAGGAAAACACCGCGAAAAUCACAUGCACGCAACGUCAAACCGAGAAGACGACAAUCGCACGUGCUGAUGCACAGAUAGCGGGCGAGGCGCUAGGAGACAGAUUGAAAUGCUGACCACAGCGCCACCACGGCCGCUGUGGUGGCAAACGUUACUAGAUGGCGGCAUGAAUCGAAGGAGCGCGCCAACGACCGCAUAGGACGGUCGUUGGCGCCACCUCUGCUUCUAGCCACCAUAGCCAAGUGUUACUUAUUAAACGAUUCAGACCGUAAAAUGCGACCUAGCUGCAAAAUUUGAGCAGCAACAGAGCAGCUGCAUCAAGCGCAUUUUUUUGUUAUGAGAAAGGCGCACGUCCCCGUAGAUACAUUUGUUCUGUACAGCCCAUGAAUAAGCCUAACACAAUAGCUGAUUUUCAAAAGGAUGGUGGUCAUGACGUUUUCCCGGCUCCUGCUUCUUCUGGCGCGUUUGCAUUUAGAAUAAGCAUAAAUCUUUCGAGAUCCGCUUCCGUUACUCAGAAGGUGACGUCGCAUAGAGCGUGGAUUAGGACACCACCUCUACACCCGGUGAGGCCACAUUGUUCUCUCCCCCCUUCUCCACGAGUGUUGUUACCCGGGUGUCCUCCUUCAGUACCCUUCUUCCUAUGCGGUAAAGAUGGUGGUAUUGUUUGCUCAUUCCAAAACAGGAGCACACAGCAGCCAGAAAACAGCACAGCGAAAAGGCCCAUGCCUUGCAGCUGCUUUUCUGGUGACUCUACCUGCAAUUCUCGCGGCGCAUCCUCUGUAGUCCAGCGCGGAUGGAAAUACGCCAUAGAAGUCGUCACAUGGCGGACGCGGCGACAUAGGAAUUGUCUCUCCGUAUAGUAUAUAUGUCGAUCCUCG